AUGGAACGAUCAAGAAUUCGUAUGGACCCAUAUCGAUCUUGGCACGAAAAAACUACGUUGGGCGGCCUUUCUAAAUUGUGUUCUCUCACGCUUCCUGAAGACGACAUCGUUAUCAUCGGGGACUUCAACCUACCAGGAUUUAAGUGGAUUCCCUCGCAAGGCAAUUUUUUGUUUGCCGAUCCAACCAGAUCUUCGUUUACGGUGCCUUCCAACACGAUUCUCGACUCUCUAAGCACGGCAACUCUCCGCGAGAUCAACAGCAUAGAGAAUGAAAAUGGUCGCAUGCUCGAUCUCUGCUUCAUCAGCGACGGACCCCAAUUGGCUACGAUUGAAGAGGCUCCUACGCCCUUGGUCAAGGUUGUUCCUCAUCGCCCUGCUCUGCUGCUUUCACUUGAUAUUCCUAGAGCUUUUGCCCACAUCGAAAAACCUGGUCAAUUCUUUCUCGACUUUAAGAACGCUGAUUUUGUCGCUGUUUCACAAACGCUCGAUGCUAUCGACUGGGAAUCUGAACUGGAAUCUUUCGAUCCGAACGCUGCAGCUAUGAAAUUUUCCCAUAUAAUCAAUUACAUCAUCGAUCGGCACGUACCGAAACGCUCAUCAGUUUCUAACCUACGAGCUCCUUGGGUAACGAAAGAACUGCGACAAAUGAAAACGCUCAAGAAUAAAGCUCUCCGUUAUUACACUAGGCACAAAACUCUCCGCGCUAAAAAUGAGUAUUGCAAACUCAACUCAGCUUAUAAAAAACUAUGCUCACGCUGCUACCAGAGCUACUUAAUUCGGAUACAGCGAGAUUUCAAAACAAAAACCAAAUCAUUUUGGCAGUACACCAAGGACCAGCGGAAAGAAUCCGGCCUACCGCCCUCCAUGUUUCUGGAUGAUAAUUUAGCGACUUCGGAACCUGAAAUCUGUGACCUCUUCGCUGACAAAUUCCGUAGUGUAUUUGACUCAAACUCAAUAUCCUCGGACCUCCCUCAUUUGAACACAUGGCUGAAUCAAAUUGUUGUAGACGACGAUAUUAUUUUGAAAGCGACCGCUAAGCUGAAACACAGCCUUUCCGCAGGACCAGAUGGCAUACCAGCUACCUUCUUGAAGCGAUAUAUAUCACAUAUGCUGAUACCUCUAAAAAUAAUCUUCCGAGUUUCACUCGAUCAGUCUACGUUCCCAUCCUUAUGGAAAGAGGCCUAUAUGUUUCCGGUGCACAAAAAAGGGGACAGACGAAAUGUGAACAACUAUCGUGGCAUUUCUGCCUUAUGUGCGAUAGCCAAAUUGUUCGAGCUGGUUGUUUUGGAACCCAUUUUUUCGUAUUGCAAGCCUUAUUUCUCAAAUGAACAACAUGGAUUUAUGCCCAAGCGCUCUACGACUACAAACCUGUUGACAUUCACGUCUACUGUGCAAGACAGUUUUGCCAUAGGAUCUCAAACCGACGUCAUCUACACUGAUCUGUCAGCUGAUUUCGACAAGGUGAACCAUUCCAUAGCCAUCGCCAAACUCGAUCGUAUUGGUAUCUGCGGGUCUCUACUGGAAUGGUUCCGCAGCUACCUGCUCCUUGAUGGACCAAAACUAGCGUAUGCUGAUGACCUGAAACUGUAUCGCCGCAUCAACGGUCCCGAGGAUGUAAACUUCCUACAGAGUCAGUUCAACCUUUUCGCCUCUUGGUGUGAUGUAAAUUGCCUUCCCUUGAAUCGCAGUAAAUGUGCAGUAAUUUCGUUUUCCCGCAAGCGGCUCCCAUUAUCAGCCAUUUAUCAUCUUGGAAACGAGGCUAUCGCUCGCGUCGAACAAGUGAAAGAUCUUGGCGUGAUUCUAGACACACAGUUGAAUUUCAAGACUCACACUAACUACAUCGUCGACAAAGCCUCCAGAUGUCUGGGUCUUCUUUUUCGCAUGACGAAAGACUUCAAGGAUGUCUACUGCUUGAAGAGUCUUUAUUGUAGUUUGGUUCGAUCGACCCUUGAAUAUGCCUCGGCUCAAGAUGGAGGCAGCACAAACCCAACUUGUGGAAGUAACUUGCAAAACUAUUUUCAAACCCUCGCUCCACCACCUGGUACCAGCUGCUUUGCUCUGCACCGGGAUCGCAUCACUUCUAGGAGUCCAAUUCGAUGCACAAUUUCCCAUCCACCCGUGGCUGAUUUGGGUUGGUCCCGCAAUCCCGGGGCUCAGGUGUUGCAUUCCGGUUCUUCUUGGGGCUUUCUUCCAGUGUCGUCUUAUCUUGGACUCGCCGGGGAAAACUCGGCAAAGGAUGUCAAUUUGUCAGAGCAAAGUAGUUUUCUACGAAAGUGUUCGGAAUCGAUCGAUGGAAAUGGCAUAGAAACAAUCAAACUGCUUGAAAGUAUGGCACUCGAAGACCCAACUACUUGUCGACACGUCGAAUGA